AAUGAAGACACCGCUGCUGCUGCAGUCAAUGUGCUCUCCCUGUGUAACCUUGCUCUGCUUUAGUGCCGACUCUUCUGGAAAAAGAGCUGGUUUUAUUGAUGAAAAGAGAAUCUUGGUUGUUUGAAUUAGAAGAAAGUAUUUGUCAGCAACAAAGAAGGCUGAAGGUAUUUUUAGGACUCCGGGAAUGGCAUGACAUGUAUUUGUGUGCCAGAUGGCUUAAAGGAACAUCCAACCCAGCAGCCCACAGAGCGUUUGUCAUGGGGAUAGGUAAUUGAGAAUGGGCCCUCAAGGAUGCUGAGUCUACAAUGGGAAGUGUCACACUUCGCUAUUUCUGCUAUGGGUGCCUCUUCACAUCCGUGACCUGGACACUUCUGCUCUUUGUUUAUUUCAACUUCAGUGAAGAGAACCAAUCCUUCAAGAAUGUGCCCAUCAAGGGGCUGGAACCUCAGAGGCCAUUCCCAAAAAAAUUCUACCCCCGUUUUACACGGGGGCCGGUUCAUAUAGCUGAAUUGCAACAGAAAGAGAAUAAAAUAGGAAAUUCUUUUGGAAAUCAUAUCCAGGAUCCAGUUAAGGGGGAGAUAGAAUUCUCUCCUGAAAUGGGAAUGAUUUUUAAUGAAGAAGAUCAGGAAGUGAGAGACUUGGGCUAUCAGAAGCAUGCUUUCAAUAUGCUUAUCAGCAAUCGACUGGGAUACCACAGGGAGGUGCCUGAUACAAGAGAUGCAAAAUGCAGGGAGAAGUCCUACCCUGCUGAUCUGCCCCCUGCCAGUGUGGUGAUUUGUUUCUACAACGAGGCGCUCUCGGCCCUGCUCCGCACAGUGCACAGCGUCCUGGACCGCACCCCUGCCCACCUCCUGCACGAAAUCAUCCUGGUGGAUGACAACAGUGAAUUGGCUGACUUGAAAAAAGACUUGAGUGAAUAUGUUAAAACUCAACUUCCCAAAACUACAAAAUUGGUAAGAAAUGAGAAGAGAGAAGGCUUGAUCAGAGGAAGAAUGAUUGGAGCCUCUCAUGCCACUGGGAAGGUGCUGGUGUUCCUGGACAGUCACUGUGAGGUGAAUGAGAUGUGGUUGCAGCCUCUGCUGACUCCCAUCAGGGAGGAUCGCAGGACCGUGGUGUGCCCCGUGAUCGACAUCAUCAGCGCCGACACCCUCACCUACAGCUCCUCCCCCGUCGUGCGGGGGGGCUUCAACUGGGGCCUGCACUUCAAAUGGGAUCUCGUUCCUCUGGCAGAGCUGGAAGGACCCGAGGGAGCCACUGCUCCCAUCAAGUCCCCCACCAUGGCUGGAGGGCUGUUUGCCAUGGAUCGUGAGUACUUCAAUGAGCUUGGGCAGUACGACAGCGGCAUGGACAUCUGGGGAGGAGAAAACCUGGAAAUAUCUUUUCGGAUCUGGAUGUGUGGUGGCAGACUUCUGAUCAUCCCCUGCUCCAGGGUGGGACACAUUUUCCGUAAGAGGCGUCCCUAUGGCUCACCUGGGGGGCAGGACACUAUGGCUCAUAACUCACUGAGGCUGGCACAUGUGUGGAUGGAUGAAUACAAGGAGCAGUAUUUUGCUUUGAGACCUGAGCUGAGGAUGAGGAGCUAUGGAAAUAUCACUGACCGUGUGGAACUGAGGAAGAGAUUAAACUGCAAGUCAUUUAAGUGGUAUUUAGAUAACAUCUACCCUGAGAUGCAAAUAUCUGGGCCCAAUGCCAAAGCUCCACAGCCAGUUUUUAUUAAUAGAGCACAGAAACGACCAAAAAUAAUCCAGCGUGGAAGGCUGUAUCACCUCCAAACCAACAAAUGCUUAGUUGCCCAGGGUCACCCAAGUCAGAAAGGAGGGCUGGUGGUGGUUCGGGAAUGUGACUACAGUGAUCAGAACCAGGUCUGGAUUUACAAUGAGGAUCAUGAGCUGAUUUUAAAUAAUCUGCUUUGCUUGGAUGUUUCGGAAACUCGCUCGUCCGAUCCCCCUCGCCUCAUGAAAUGCCACGGCUCUGGUGGCUCACAGCAGUGGACAUUUGGGAAAAACAACCGGCUGUACCAGGUCUCCGUGGGGCAGUGCCUGAAGGUGGUGGAUCCCCUGAGCCACAAGGGCUACGUGACCGUGGCCAUCUGCGACGGGUCCCUUCCUCAGCAGUGGCACUUUGAGAGCUGAGACAGCCAGAAGGUGGCUGAGGAGAGUUCAGCUGAGCCCUGGUUCCCCUUCAGCCACGAUCUGAAGUCAUUCUGGAGGGUGAUGUGCAGAGCCCUUGGCUGCUACCCCUGGCACAAGCAUGGAAGGAGCUGCUGGAAAUGCCCUGCCCCGGGGAGCUGAGCGUGGGAAGGUCCAGGUGGUCCCUGGUCACACGCUGAGAGCAGCAGCCCCAGUGCAAGAAGAAUUGAAAUUUAUCAUCUGUUCCUUGGAUGAUCCUGGAUUAUUGGACUGGUUUUAAGUAACAGAAAUCAUUAGAGCAAUGUAAUUUAAAUGGUGAGAUGAGAUUUCAGCUUUGUGGAUCUUCUAAAUGACAGUGACAGAAAGGAGUCCUUGGCUAUUUCAUGUGCAGUAUAUCAAUAAUUUACGUUUCUAGUAUGGGUUUACUGGCCAAAAUUAUUUUACUUUUUCUGGAAAAUAUUUUUAUUCCCUUUCAUCUUCCAACAAUUGUCAUUUGUAAUAUUUAAAUUUAGUUCUUUUAAUUUUAGGACUUUUCAUGUAGUUUAAGUUCUUUGCUGUCAUUCGUCACCUCAUAUUUAAAACAAAGUAACUAUUGCAAAGUCUAUUUUGAUGACUCAUGACAGUAGCUGCAUUUAAAAUAAAGUAUCAUUUUUUUAUUAA